AUGCAGGGCACGGGUGCCGGCGGGCUUAUCGAUGACUGGGUCAACGUAUGGAGGAACAAAAUAGUGUUGCCAGAUGCGAAGAGUAAAAUUGCGGUCGUGACCGGUGGAGCUCGUGGAAUUGGUACAGAAGUAAUACGAGGUUUGUUAAAAGCAAAUGUUUUCGUGAUCGCCGGCGUAAGGAAACCAGAAUCCGUGAAGAAAAUAGCUGAAACUAUGGAAAAUGGAGACAAUCUUAUCGCUUAUCCCCUGGACCUACAGUCUCUGAAAUCUGUCAAGAAAUUUGCAGAGACUGUUUUGGAGAAAUACUCGAGUAUUCAAAUGUUGAUAAACAAUGCCGGAAUUAUGUAUGGUGAUUACCAAUUGACUGAAGAUGGCUUUGAAAACCAGUUAGCGACGAAUCAUCUGGGUCACUUCUAUUUAACCCAUUUAAUGUUACCAGCUUUAAAAAAAGGCGGUGCUGUUGGGGAAGCUGCGAGGAUUGUAAAUGUGACGUCUUGUGCUCAUUAUCCUGGUAAGAUUUACUUCGAUGACAUCAACAUGAAAGAUCACUAUGACAGUAUCGCGGCAUACGCCCAAUCUAAACUAGCACAGCUCAUGAGUGCAAGAUACAUCAACAAGUUACUGGAAGAAGAAGGAUGCCCAGUCAAAAGCUACUCUGUACAUCCUGGAAUUGUAGACACGGAUUUAUUUGAAAAAACUAUGUUCAAAAAGGCAUUUCCAUGGGCAAUGAAAUUAUUCUUUAAGACUCCUGAAAAAGGAGCGAUAUCAAUACUUUUUGCUUGUUUUGAUAAAGAUCUAGAGAAGCGAGGAGGAUUAUACAUUAGUAAUUGUAUAGAAGGUAUAAGUAACAGAUUUUCAAAGAAACUGGAUAAUCAAAAAAGACUGUUCGAAAUGUCUUGUGAUUUAGUAAAUGUUGAUGUAGACAAUUUUGGUAAAGUUUAG